CGCAGCCGAACAACUCAUCUCCCUCUCGAGUACUGCUCGCAAUGAACACACGAGAGCAUUCCGUAAUUGCGACCUCGUAAGGGCGAGGCUCACGCACAUAUUGAGUCGUUUUCGUGGACUGCAUUUGGUUCUUAUACAGUCUUUCCGACUAAAGCAACAACAACAGAAUGUCUGAACCAGGAACGUUAAACGCAGCGCCUUAGCAUUUUCAAAAAGUUUUGAAAUGUCAAAAACUUGCUUGUGACGUCUGCGACAAGCUGGACUAAAGAUGCUGAGAAGUCGCUGCUGAAGUUACAUUCGGAUUCUUUUUUCCUGUUCAGAGUGGAAAUGUCUUCUUGAAAUAGGCUACAGUUUGGUUGGUGUUAUAAUAUUGUAAGGUUAGUCUGCGUCAUGACUUCUAGCUAUGCGCCUGUAAUGGACAGACAAGCCACGCUGCCUUGCCGCACCGAAAGUCCCAUCACCGCUAACCUGGAACAUUUGCAGGCGAAAAAAAACUUUUCGGUAAGUCACCUGUUGGAUCUAGAGGAAGCCCGCGAGAUGGUGGGAACUCAGACGGAGGACAACACGGGGGAGUCGGGUCGGAAUAUGCUGGAGUCUCCUGGUCUAACAAGCGGCAGCGACACAGCACAACAAGAGAAUGAGCGGCUGACCACGGACGAGAAGAAGAAGAGGAAGCAGCGCCGGAACCGGACCACCUUCAACAGUAGCCAGCUGCAGGCUCUGGAGCGCGUCUUCGAGCGCACCCACUACCCCGACGCCUUCGUCAGGGAGGACCUGGCACGGCGGGUCAACCUCACCGAAGCCCGCGUGCAGGUGUGGUUCCAGAACAGACGGGCAAAGUUCCGACGGAACGAGCGAGCCAUGCUGGCCAGUAAGAACUCCUCGCUUCUCAAGUCGUUCUCCAGCGAUGUGACCGUGGAGCAGCCAAUGGUGCCUCGUCCGGCCCCGAGACCCAAUGACUACCUGUCCUGGGGGUCAUCGUCCCCUUACAGUGCCAUGGCCACAUACCCUCCCACAUGUGCCAACACGACUUCAACUCAGGGAAUGAACAUGGCCAACAGCAUUGCCAACUUGAGACUAAAAGCAAAGGAGUAUAGCCUGAACCAGGUGCCCACUGUCAACUGACCGAACAGCACCUCCGCCCCCUCUACCCCCAACACACACACACACACACACACACACACACACACGCAAACACACACACACACACACACACACACACACACGCACGCACGCAAACACACACGCGCACACACCCGCGCAAACACACACACGCACACUUCCAACUGGGAGCAUAUGGUUUCAGUUAGACAACUGAGACUACAGUCCUUAGGGGCACCCCAAUAAGCAUUCCAUCUUAAGGCCUGUUGUGCCAAGAAGACACCAUAACAAGGAUACCCAUCACACUCGAUACAAAACCAUUUUACCAUGCAAUGCAAAACCAAGCAUCACUCAGGCCGAAGAGAACAACUCGCGGUGUUCAUCUUUAUAACAAUGUCCCUGUAAUUCCACCGCUGAAGACAACAGUUCUGACUCUGUUCAAAAAUGACUCCUCUGUUCUGAGCUCUGGUGCAAAAAACUCGACCUUUUCUGCCAAAAACAACAGUACCACCGGUGGAAGACUACGGAUACUCUGUAGGCUAUGACCCGAACGGCAGACCUUGUUUUUUAACAGAACACGAAACGGAAAACGAAGCAGAACUUCAGUGCACUUGAGUGUUAAAGUUAUCUGCCAUGUUAUUUUAAAGACCAUAAAAGAAAUAAGUCAGAGCACAGAGCCCACAUGCUUCAUCCCAUAAUAAGCCAUUGAUAAUGAAGAGGCUGUGCGGAUGUCUUCCUGCUAAGCUCUUCAGUCGUCUGUAGGAUGCCUAUGGACUUCCAGAGACUAGUGGCAUUGGACAUCUUCCAACAAGGAGUCUGCUGACUGGUGGAGCCCUCUGGCCUUUGGAGUUUAGCAUGGGACUGAGGGAGAAUGUAAACCUUGGAUGGGGUUACCAAAAGUGCCUCAGAAAGAACACUAGACUUUGCUCCUGUUUGUCCUUUUUUUAAUCUUUGGAGCCAAAGUUUUCUUUUUUAUUUAGUUAAUGGCCUAAAGUCAUAUUCCCUAUUGUAUAUUAACUGAGUAUAUCCAAAUGUGUAAUAUUCCGUUGCAAUAAAAGGAUGUGGUUUAAGCACCAA